GCAAGGCCAGCCUGACAUAAUCAGGCUUGGGACCCACCAUGAAGCCUGCAUCCACCAAGCCUGGGUCCAGACUCUCAACUUCACAGUCAAAGGUGCCUGCUGCCUCUGCCGCACCUCACCACAGACCUUCAGUACCAGGAACGCCAAAGAGCCAGAGACCUUCAGUACCCAGACCACCAUCUCACCAGGGACCUUCAGUACCCGGAACGCCAACCAGCCAGGGACCUUCAGUACCUGGAACACCAACAUAUCUGCGACCUUCAGUACCGGGAACACCAAUCAGUCAGGGACCUUCAGUACCGGGAACACCAAUCAGCCAGGGAUCUUCAGUACCGGGAACACCGAUCAGCCAGGGACCUUCAGUACCAGGAACACCAUCCCGCCAGCGAUCUUUAGUACGCUCCACACCAUCCAGCUACAGACCCACAGUACGCUCCACACCAUCCAGCUACCGACCCACAGUACGCUCCACACCAUCCAGCUACCGACCCACAGUACGCUCCACACCAUCCAGCUACCGACCCACAGUACGCUCCACACCAUCCAGCUACCGACCCACAGUACGCUCCACACCAUCCAGCCAGCGACCCUCAGUACACUCCAUACCAUCCACUAAGUCCUUGCAGUCAGUGCACAGAGAUCACACUGCGGACAAAUUACCAAGGAAACACACCAAACAUGAGAAAGUGCGGCCGACUCGACCUGCCCCAGUGUCUGAGAAAAUCAAGAUACCGGAAACCGUCAAAAUACAGGAUAAGGACAGGGUCUCAAAAAGAUUCAGAGAUGGCUUCUGUAAUUUUUGCUGCUCAGCCAAUGGGAUGUUGAAGGCCUUGAGGAUGUGCAUUACUGCAGCAUCGGUAUUUUGUUUCGUCAUUGGUGGCGCCCAGGACCUGUUUGUAGCCAUCAUGAUUCAGGAAACCUGCAUCGUCUUAUUUUUUAUUAUAAUCUAUUUGAUAGCCCUUCAACACUUCCUGACCUGUAUCCACUGGCCUCUGCUUGAUCUGAUCAACACUCUCAUUUCAAUGGCAUUUCUUGGAAUAGUUAGCAUAAUAACCAUGACGACAGAAAACAGUGAAAAGAAUCUGACUUUUAUUGGAGGGGUCCUGUGCUUCUCGGCAGCAGUCCUGUGUGUCAUCGAUGCAUUGUUGGUUACCGAAAAGAUGAGGCACAAAGCAAAAAGUUCCCUGGGGAAGAAAACUAAGCCCUCUACUACCCGACGGAGGCAGAAGCAGCGCUGAAGUCACCCAGCCCUCCACAGCAUUUGGCAGAGACUCGAGAUCAUGUCCACCUAUAGAAUCACUCCCUCCAGGCCAUCACGGAGCGCCCAUGCCACGUGAGUGUGACCCUAAAUGCAAGGCUUUUAAGUUGGCAACACUUCCGCGUUUUCAUGUGGCCUUCUGGAAAAGUUGCGAGUUAUACUUCCACUCAAGGUUGACCCAGGAGGUCUGGAGGGAAAGCACCCCAGGGAGUGGGAGCAACAGCCAGAAGCCAGUUACUCCUUUUCAAGGAAGGCCUGGCUAGGACCAGUGGGGCUCAGUGAGCGUGGGUGCACGGACUGCCUGGUUCCCGCUGGACAGAGGAGACCUUGCUGGUGCACGAGAUGAGGUGGGCUCGCGCCAAGGAAGAGCAAGCGUUGGAAUUCUGUAGUUCUAGUGGUCAGUUGAGAGCCUCCCUUGAACAGGUCAGGAGACACCAGGCUCUCCCUUGAGCUGGGCCUAUUCAGGGACGGCAGGCAAGGCUGGGCGGUAGGAAGCUGAGAACUGCUGCUAAUAACUAUGGCCGAAGGUGGCAAGAAGCCCAAGGAAAAAGGCUACAAGUGGGAAUUCAAAGACAGCAAUAAAGACUUCUGGACGCAGGGACA